UUGUGCAUUUGAUUGAAAUAAACAAUAUUUGUUUUUAGGUCCAUAUACAUUUACAAUUGGUGAUACAAGAAAUUUUGGUGUUUAUGAAGGUGGUGGAAAUGUAAUUGAAGUGAAAAAACCAGAAAUAGCCAAUUUUAAACCAUUUUCUGAAUCAUUAAAAGAUCCUGAAAUGUUAGUUUGUGAUUUUGCCAAGAUGUCAAUGCCAGCCAAUCUUCAUUUAGCAUUUCAAGCUAUAUCAAACUUUCAAAAACAAUAUAAUACAUUACCAAAACCAUGGGAUGAUGGUGAUGCAGAUAAAUUCUAUGAAGUAGUUGAAAAACUAAAUAGUGAAAAUCGUGAAAAAGUCUUAACAGAUGAAUUAAAUAAACAUUGGAUAAAAUUAUUUUCUAAAACAUGUACUGGUGAUUUAUGUCCAAUGCAAGCUGUUAUUGGUGGUAUUGCUGCUCAAGAAGCAAUGAAAGCCGUAACAGGAAAAUUUAUGCCAAUUCGACAAUUUUUUUAUUUUGAUGCAAUUGAAUGUUUACCUGAAAAUGUAUUUCAACCAUCAAAUGAAAUAACAACUGAAUCGUAUAUGGGACCAAAAUUACCAACAAAAACUUCACGAUAUUAUUCACAAGAAAUUGUUUUUGGUGAAGAUUUUCAAGAAAAAUUAGGCAAAUCUAAAUAUUUUGUAGUUGGUUCUGGUGCAAUUGGUUGUGAAAUGUUGAAAAACUUUGCUAUGAUGGGUGUUGGAUGUUUGAAGGAGGGUCAUGUUUACGUAACAGAUAUGGAUUCAAUUGAAAAAUCAAAUUUAAAUCGACAAUUUCUCUUUCGUUCAUGGGAUAUUGGCAAAAUGAAAUCAACAGUUGCAGCUGAAGCAGUAAAAGCAAUGAAUCCAAAUAUGCAUGUUCGUGCAUAUGUUGAUGGAGUCUUCCCAGAAACAGAACAUAUUUAUGAUGAUCAUUUUUUUGAACGAUUGGACGGUGUUGUUAAUGCACUUGACAAUGUCAAAGCUCGUCAAUAUAUUGAUCGUCGUUGUGUCUAUUAUCAAAAACCAUUGGUCGAUAGUGGUACAUUAGGUACAAAAGCAAGUGUUCAAGUUGUUGUUCCAUUUCUCACUGAAUCUUAUUCAUCAACCAAUGAUCCACCUGAUCCAUCAAUACCAAUGUGUACUUUACGUAAUUUUCCAAAUUUAAUUGAACAUACAAUAGAAUGGGCACGUGAUAAUUUUGCUGGUCUCUUUACAAUUCCUUCUCAACAAGCCGAAGAAUUUAUGCGUGGUCCAAAAGAAUUUGCCGAAAGAACAGCUAAAAAUCAUUCGGAAUAUGACAAAACUGAAAUAAUUGAAAAUGUGAAACGUAUUCUUAGUGGAGAACGUCCAAAAACUUUCGCUGAUUGUGUCAAAUGGUCACGACUUCUUUUCGAACAACAAUUUCAUAAUACAAUUGCCCAAUUACUUUUUAAUUUUCCACGUGAUCAUAUCACAAAUAAAGGUGAACGUUUUUGGAGUGGAAAUAAACGAUGUCCACAUGUUUUAAAAUUUGAUGUUAAUAAUAAACUUCAUUUGGAUUUUAUUGUGGCUGCAUCAAAUUUACUUGCACACAUGUAUCAUAUACCACAAACAAAUGAUUAUAAAUUAAUUGCUGAAGAAGUUUUAAAAUUACAUAUACCUGAAUUUAAACCAAAAGCAGGUGUAACAAUACAUGAAAAUGAUGAUCAAGUACGAGCUGAACUUGAUCGACAAAAAAAUACAAGUGCAAUGCGUAAAAAUGGUCAAAGUGGAAAUGAUAUAGAAGUAGAACAACUUCUUAAUCGAUUACCUAAAUAUGAUGAUGUACUUGAUAUUAAAAUUCGACCACAUGAAUUUGAAAAAGAUGAUGAUACAAAUUUUCAUAUGGAUUAUAUUACAGCAACAGCAAAUUUACGAGCUGAAAAUUAUGAAAUACAAAGAGCUGAUAGAAGUAAAAUUAAAAGAAUUGCAGGAAAUAUUAUUCCAGCUAUUGCAACAGCAACAGCAAUGGUUACUGGACUUGUUUGUCUUGAAGUUUAUAAAUUUGUUCAAAAUCAUCAAAAAAUAGAAUCAUAUCGAAAUGGGUUUGUUAAUUUGGCUUUGCCAUUUUUUGGAUUUUCUGAACCAGUACCACCAAAACGUCAAAAGUAUCUUGACAAAGAUUUUACUUUAUGGGAUCGAUUUGAAGUAAAAGGUGAUAUGACAUUAGAAGAAUUUAUUGAAUACUUCAAACGUGAACAUAAAUUAGUACCGAAUAUGAUUUCAGCAGGAAUGUCUGUUAUUUAUAGUCCACAUUUCAUGCGUCAAACAAGUAAAACACAAGAUAUGAAACGAAAAAUUUCUGAACUGUUUGAAACAGUGACAAGAACAAAGAUUCCUGCUCAUGUUCGUUCUCUUACAUUGGAUAUGUUAUGUGAUGAUUUGGAAGGAAAUGAUGUUGAAGAUGUUCCUUAUAUUAAAUAUACAUUUAGAUGA